AUGGGACAGUGUUGGCGAAUUCUCAAUCUCGACACGUGGCAGGUGAUCUGCGACGGUGGAAAGCUGGGCGAGUGGCUCUUCUACGAUUCAUUACCGAGUGAUCUCGUAGAGCUGUUGGCUAUCCCUUUCUCCGGAACACCUACGAGAACGUUGUUCACGCCUACGAAUGCCCUCGGCCGUCUCGAACUCCCGGGAGAAAUUCUACUUUGCAUUUUCGACGAGGUUGAUGACCUUCACGAUGCUAUCUGUCUCGGUCUUACCAACACGGCCCUCCGUUCCGUGGGCCACAAGCGCAUACAGAGGCUCAUAGUCGAGACGACCGCACCGUGGGCAGGCUACCGCAUCGUGUGUCUGGGCGAAUAUAUGCACAACGACGAUCUUCCAGUGGAUAUGCUUACUGAAGAGGAGGAGCAUAUAAUGCUUGUCAAGCCGACACAAGAGGACCUCCAGGACCCCACCGAGUACGAUCACAGACAUCUGGAAAUAUGCGCUACCAAACUUUAUAACUUCGCCAUGGAGCAUUUCCGCACCUUGCGGCUACAGUCGUAUAGCGAAGAUUUCGAACGCCAGUGGGAAAUGCCCUCCCACGAACGGAAGCUACUGAAAGAAUUGUCGACCCCGCUGUGGGAGGAUACGGAUGAUGAAGACACGGAUGAUGAAGACACGGAUGAUGAAGACACGGACGACACCGAUGCUAUCCUUGAAGAGAGUACGGAUACUCAUGAGAGUUCAAUAACCGAGCAGAAUAAUGGCGAGGAAGCUAGUGCCGACGAUGACAAGGUCAGCGAGCAAGUUGAUGCCUCCGCUUGGGUUCUUUGCAACCUUACAAACGCGAAUAUGUCCGUGCCGAUGCCACGGCCGCACUGA